AUGACAAGACGUGGCAGGCACCCAGUUCCCUUCGAGGAACCUGAAGUUCUCUUCGUCUAUGAAGAGGACCUCGCAAGAGCCACCACCGACACUGAGAAGCCAUCAGUAGGCAGUCGUGUUGAAGUCGUGCAAGAGCACAGCAACGCCAUGCAGUCCGGCAGACGAGUACAGCCGAGGAUUUUACAGCCCUUCAGCUCGCGAUGUCUGGGGGCGUCAGAGGACUCGCUGCUGGCGCAGCUGAGCAGCCGGGUGAGCGUGGUGUCGGGCGCCGGGCGCGCGUCCACCCCCGCCCCAGCGGCCGCCGCCGCCGCGCAAGAGAAACUGCGCAAGUACGCCCCGGGAGAGGCCAUGUCUCCGGAGGCGCAGUUGCAGGCCAACGUGUUGCUGGCCAGCGGGGAGAAGACGGCGGCCGCUGGCCAAUGCGGGGGCGGCGCAGGGCCCGACCUCUCCGCCUUCGACGACGUCACGCCCAUCAAGCCCGCGCCCUGCAAGACGCCCAAGGCCGACGGGCGCCGGCCGCUGCGGGGCAUCGCCUUCCAGAGGAGAGGGGCGGCCCGCAGCUGUACCGAGAGGGGCGGCGCGCAGCGGCGCGGGGCGGGGCGGGGCGGAGAGGAGCGGGACGAGAUGCGACCUCGCAGGCCGGGGUGUACCCCAGAGGUCGGUCGGCGAUCGCUAUAUAAAACGGCGGCGCCGCGCCGCGCAUCACAUCACAUCGCGCCACGAGGUGUUCGCGCUCGUCGCCGUCCACUCCGCCAACGCUGCGCUUCGGCGACGCCUUUCGUGCCGCGCGGUCGGAUUCUUCUCGCAAGUCUGCCCUGCCUUCUUAUGUGCUUAAAAUUUAUCAAGAAGGCAUUGAACAGCCUCCGCGGCAAGAAGAGCCGAUCCUCCCCCAAGAGCGACGCCGACAAGCCAGACGACACCAUGGUCAAGAUGCUGAUGCGUGCGGACACGCACAUCGACCUGGAAAUCACGGGCGUGGCCGAUAACCGGCCUAGCUUCUCCUGGUCACAGGUUUUCGCUUCGGUAUCUGUAUCCAUUGGAUCCAUGAUUGUGGGUUUCUCCUCAGCCUACACGUCACCAGCGCUCGUCUCCAUGAUGCUACCCAACAGCACUCUUCUCGUCACAACGCAGCAGGCUUCGUGGAUUGGCAGCUUGAUGCCGCUCUCCGCGCUCAUUGGCGGUAUGGCGGGGGGCCUGUUCAUUGAAUGGAUAGGUCGCAGGGCCACAAUACUUGCCACUGCCAUACCUUUCAUUGUGUCCUGGCUACUGAUCGGCAUGGCGGUUACCGUGCCCAUGGUGUACGCGGGCCGCGUCGUCGCUGGCUUCUGCGUGGGCGUCACGUCGCUGUGCCUGCCCGUCUACAUGGGCGAGACCAUUCAGCCCGAGGUGCGAGGCAUGCUUGGCCUCAUCUCCACAACACUAGGCAACAUCGGAAUCUUGGUCUGCUUCCUGGCGGGCAAGUACCUCAAUUGGUCGAACUUAGCUUUCUUCGGCGCCAUGAUUCCGGUGCCCUUCCUCCUCUGCACUCUCUUCAUUCCGGAGACUCCUCGAUGGUACAUCUCCAAAGAGAAGCACGAGGCGGCCUCGAAGUCGCUCAAGUGGCUGCGCGGCGGCCAGCACGUGGACGUGAGCGAGGAGCUGUCGGAGAUCGAGAAGAACCACCGCGACGCGGUCAAGAACGCGCCCGUCUCCAUCGGCGAGCUCUUCAACAAGGGCAACCUCAAGCCCAUCUUCAUCUCCAUCAGCCUCAUGUUCUUUCAGCAGCUCAGUGGAAUCAACGCAGUCAUCUUUUACACGGUCAAGAUCUUCCAGGGCGCCGGCAGCACCAUCGACGAGAAUCUCUCCACCAUCGUGGUGGGCAUCGUGAAUCUGGGCUCCACCUUCCUGGCCACGGUGCUCAUCGACCGGCUGGGCCGGCGCGUGCUGCUCGGCAUCUCGGCCGUCGCCAUGUCCGUCUCCCUCGCCGUGCUCGGCACCUUCUUCUACUUGCGCACCAUUCAAGUGGACGUGUCCGACUACGGCUGGUUGCCGCUGCUCAGCUUCGUCGUCUUCGUUAUAGGCUUCUCCCUCGGCUUUGGGCCCAUUCCCUGGCUCAUGCUCGGCGAAAUCUUUCCAGCCAAGAUUCGUGGCCCCGCUGCUUCGCUCGCCACCGCUUUCAACUGGGCGUGCACCUUCCUCGUCACGAAGACGUUCAACGACCUCGAGGAAGCGCUGGGUGGGUACGGCGCCUUCUGGAUGUUCGGCGUCGUCUGCUUCAUCAGCUUGUUCUUCGUUAUCUUCUGCGUGCCCGAAACCCAGGGCAGGAGCCUCGAGGACAUCGAGAAGAACUUCAAGGGCAAGGUUCGGAGGAUGAGCUCCAUCACGAACAUCAAACCUACGCCUAUGGCCGUGUAGUGCUGCAAAUACCGUCUCGCCAGGUGCGAACGCAAAGACUGAGACAGACACCAUGGAGGGGCUGGUCCCGAUUCCCACUGCGGUUGCGCUGCCGAUAACCAGCUAUCACUCGCUCGCAGACCGAGCACAAGAUGUGAACCAGCUUCUGACAGUGCUCCUCAACUCUAAUAGCACUAUACAUGUUAAGAGUGCACUUCAACGUUGUGGCCUUGAGCUCCUCGAUAUCUCUAAUUCUCUUUACUCUCCUCCUUCUUUAAAGAACCUCUUUUAAAGAAACCAUUAGUACCCAUUAUUUGGGCUGUUCUGCUCUAUCAGUACGGCGAUUAUUUUCCUCCAAAUAUUUUGCGAGAGAGACAGAGAAAAGGAGAGGAAGAGAGUGAGACAGAGAACGAGAAAAGAGGGAGAGCUCAUCACCACGUACACAUACAUUUGCAUCAAAAUAAUUAUGCGCAUUUGUAACUAGAUGAGAAGCGACAGAUAGUGGUUCCAGCAGUCAAAUUCUGCUUUCUAAAUGUCGAACUUUUGUAAACGUCGUCCUAUAUCUCUCGGUUACUCGAACCUCGUUUCGUUAAAAUAUUACCUGACUCGAAGUCUUAUUUUUUCCUUUAGAUUUGAGAUGAAUCGGUAUACCGAAGUAUGUGGAAGAGUUAGAUCUGAUAAUCUGAAGAUAUUAAUCUUAUCCUCAAUUCCCAAUCCGUAACAAAAAAUAACAACAAAAAACAACCAAAUUCAACAUAGUUGAGAGGCUCCACACCGAUAAACGAAGUUGCGGUAAGAGGACGUUCAAGAGAAGGGGGCCAUGUUGCGGUGUUUUCGUGGGGGCGGGCGGUGAGAUCACGCAUCCCGGGCACACAGCUCGCGGACGAAGCUCAAUGAAUGAACGACCGCAUCCAAACUGCCCUGCCAGCGCAACGCGCCGUCUUCACGGGAGGCGGUGGGAGCUACAGCACAACAUUCCCCUUCAUUCGAACGCAACUACACACACAAUACCAAAUGUAUUUUCUUUUUUACUAUUUAUUUAAUGUACAAAUAGUUGCGUAUUGUCUAGAAAAGGAUAGAAUAAUUAAUGUAAGUAAACUUUUGUAUGUUUGAGAAAUUGAGUCAAUAUUUAUUGUAUUUAAAAUAUUGCCAUUACAUUCCUAAAAUUGUUAUCUUUUUAUAAUCUGUUAAUAAUUGUGAGAAAGAAUGUUUUGAGUGAUAUAAAUUAGUGCUAAAUAGUAGUGAAGAUGAGAUUGCGUGUUUUGCGUUGUACAUACUUUAAGUAGUGCCCAAAUAUAAUUUUAAAAUAUAUGGAUUGCUGUUUUUAAUAUGUGUACAUAUGUUUACUCCAUCCUAAUAUUUUUAAACAAUUUACAUGCAAGGCACAAUAUUAUUAUAACUUAUGAGAGCAGACCCUUUUUCUUCUCUCUUCACGAGAAAUAAAAUAUAUUCCUAUUGUUGUAGGGUAGUAUUAUUGUACUCUCAAUAUAUAAAAACAUACGUAGCGCAUACUAUUAGUGCUUUGUUUUCUCCCAAUAUAAUAUCAAUGUUAAUGUGUC